AUGAACACUACAAUAAUUUCUUCCUUCUGUUUAGCAUCUGCAAUGAUAACCUUGGUGAGGACCCAGAGCAAUCUAUUCGGGGAAUUCCUCAGAGUCCACAACGAAUGCCAAGUGGACCCAGCAACCCGUAUAGAAGGUAAUCUGAUGGAUAUGGCUGCUGAAGGUCUCCCAGUAGAUGAGUAUUCACUGGGCAACCAUCUGCUGUGCAUGUACAUCAGACUGAGGAUCAUGUCAGGAAAUGGCUGGGUCGACGUUCCAGUAACCAUAGAACAAUUGGUGGCUGUGAUUGAUGACAAAGCAGCUGUAAGUCAAGCAGUACACAGAUGCUGCGGACCAAGACGCAGUCGAGAGACUCCGCAGCAGAUUGCAGCUGAGCUGUUUCGGUGUGUCACGAGAAAUUUGCCAGCUCUAAGAACUGUUAGGCCACCAGGACAAUCAUUGUGA